AACCUAAUGCUACGUGAUACAGCAUUUUAAGUCCUAUCGUCGUUGCUAUUGUUUUGAAUUUGUCCGGUUAAAAUUUUGUUGCCUCGUUUAAAUUUUGUGUUGACGAUCGUUUAACUUUGCAACGUACCACUACCAGCGAACUACGAACCAUAUUCUGUAGUUCUUAGAGAAAGUAUGAAAUGUCAGUAAGAGGAUCUCAGAGUUCUUUGAGAUCUUUCACGUUGAAGCCAGUUGAACCGGAGUUCUUGAAGACCAACAGAAGUGCAUGGACCCCCAAGCUUGAUGCAAAGGACAAUCACAAGCUGUUCCUGGAAAGAGUGUCUCUUAUCACACACUGGCAUGACAAGUGGAACGAAAGGCAAAGGAAACAGCUGCUGGUCCACUUGCUCCAGCGUACAACUCAGAGCGAGAUGUUUAGUAUCAGGGAGUGGAUCAUGAAGAAGAUGCCGGAACCACAGUGGAGAGCCGAUCCCACGUCCGCUCUGCCAAAAUGGCUCAUGUUACAUAUUUUCUCUUACCUUACCACAGCUGAACUUUGUACUGCCAGCAAGGUGAGUUCUCAUUGGAGAUAUCUGUCAGAGCAGGACAUCCUGUGGAGACACCGAACAGCAGCGAGGGGCUGGUUCCUUCCCUACAGUCCCCCGCCCACCCAACAUGGUGCCUGGAAACAGUACUAUGUCAUGUGUGUUAAGAAUUCGGAGAAACCUAGCUUACUGGUGGAUCAUCAAAGGAAGGAACCAACAGCAGGAGAGAACCAGUACAGCCGAUCUGAUCUGGAGAGACUAGGCAAGUACUACGUGAACACCGAUGAUCCAGUACCAGAACCAGAAAGUCCUAGUAGAAUAUUUGAGAAAUCUGGGCAUGAAGUGGAGGAUAUUGAUACGAGCUUGUUCAAAGAUAGGUGGGUUGAUCCGAACAAGCACCCAAAAGAUCUGGAUAACUGGGGAAAAGCUACAAGUCAGGAGUAUCGACCAGAUGUCAGGUUUUUACAGAAAAGUAAACUGAAAGCAAGAUCCAAGUCUUACACACAGCUAAACGCGUCCAGCAAUAGUCCUCUGAAAAAGUCUGAUGACCCUAAAAGUCAACUUAAGUCAAAGAGCGUCUCAACUAUCACCGAGAUCUACCGUGAACAUGGAUCGUUCAGAAUACUUCAACAAGAGGAUGGGACUCUGGUUAAAGAGCCACACUUGUUAACCAAGAAGGGUGUUACAGUUCCGAGUAUAAACUACUGGUUACAGAAACCUGAUAAACCUACCAUUCCAUCGCUAGGAGGAUAUGGUACGGUCCAGAAACCCGAGCUAGCUGCUGACGUGGGAUGCGGAGCAGUGUGGGGAGAGAACCUGCCCUGUCACACUCACCCUAAAGUUCUGCUUAUAUCAUCAGAUGUUCCUGCGUAUGAGAUGAUAGUCGGCACUGUGGUUACAGGGAUAAUUGGAUUGGUUUAUGACGCUGAAAAAGCUUCUUUGAGGUCUAUUCUUAAUCAAGUCGAGCACUCAUUGAACGGGAGGAAAGCUGAGAGUCUGGGAAUAUUUGCACCGGGCAAGCUCGGCUAUCUGAACCUUACCCGGCAUAUCCAUAUAAGUGGACUUGAACUUCAUUCAGAAUUUUGGAAAGAGCUCUGUGGUUUUCUCUUGGUACCAAAAUUUGGUGGAAGAAUUGACAUUUUCAGUUCGGUGGGAGUAUCGACUGUCAACCAAUCUCUCGGAAUGGAUAUAAUCUACAGACUAGCAGGAGUUACUUCAGUACCAUUUAAUGCGCCCCUUGGUGGCAUUUAUGGGGAGUGGGCAGAGAUUUGUGGGACUUGGCUUCUCCACCCAGACAAUGUCCAUCCUCUCAGUAUUUACUUGAGGGAAGACAAGGUUAGAACAUGGGUGUUGUUUGCGAAGCAGCUGGAAACUAUAGCUGAGGAUAUAAGACUUCAGUUCAGCCACCGACUACACAUUCAACACACUGCGGGGUUGCAUAGGGUCGUCAAUGCUAUUCUGAGGCAAGGUCUUGAACUCCUGUCCAAAUCAGAGCACGUUCACCUGGCAGACAUCCUGUUUUACAGCCUCUCACAACUCUGCACAGAACCCUCCUCAUCUCCCCCUCCAAACGAGAGUGAGCAGGUAAAAAGGGGGGUUCUGUGCAUGAGGCUGGUGGAUGUGCUGCUGUCCAGCCAGUUUGUUAAGGAUCUGGAGGAUAUGAAGGGAGAUGAGGAAAAGGAAGUCAGUGAUGUGUCAGAAGAUCCCGUGGCAUUGGGCAAAGAUGUGAUGAUGAUGUUAGAAUGGAUGAACAGAUCAGUUCCCCUUUCUUUGCAGACCAAUUCUCAUAGGCUCAUCUUCCCAAAAGAAGACCCACGAAAUGUUUUGAUGGGAUACAAUAUCGGAGACAGCGACUGUGCGGGAAACUAUUCGUCCACCUGUCCCUUCCAAGUUGCUAACGGCUCCGCAUUGACGAUAAUCGCCGGUACAGGGUUCCUGUUGAGCAGUUUUACAAUCUACUGUCUCAUAUUCCACGUUAAACUACCCCUAUGUCAGAACAUUUUCGUUUUAAAUGUAGCAGUGAGUGAUAUCCUGAACGCAACUGUGGGAAUCAUCAGAGGCCUCGGAAUGGUAGCCUCUCCGGUAUUCAUUGGCGUUACCAGAGAAGGGGAAAUAUUACAAUGGUGUCACAUAUACCCCCUUGUCGGAAACACAGUUUGGAGUGCAUCCGUCCUGGUGCUGUUACCACUCACACUGGACAGAUUCCUCGCGAUAGUGUUCCCUUUUCAGUAUAAGUCACUUGUUAACAAAGAAACAAGCAGAGCCUUCUCGGUUAUUACUUGGCUCCCACUAAUAGGAUUGUUAAUAUACGAUAGUGUCACUUACUCCACGGGACACACAAAGAUAGCACAUCAGCCGGUAUUUCACCGUUGUGUGAUUGAAAACGAAAGAUUUUACCAGCCGAUAGUGUUCUUGAUGGCUCCCUUCAUUCUUAUCAUUUUAAUGUACAGCACCAUGCUCUUCUUUGUCAUCAAAACAGGUUUGGAAAGCAAGAGGUUAUUCGUGAUAACAUCAGCAAUAAUCCUAACCGGUUUCAUCACCGUCAUCCCUGACCACCUUCUCACCACCUUCAAAAUCCAACUAGACUACAAGAUAGCGCAAGUAUUCACCGUCACGCUCUACUACACUAACAGUAUCUGUAAUCCCAUGAUUUACUUCUGCAGCAACCGGAUAACCCGAAGGGAACUCACUGCUUCUUUAAUGCAAAGCACUGUCGGAAGGAAGCUGUCAGAUAUGACAAGUUCUCAGGGGGGUAGCGGAGCUGUCACUCCGUUGCAAAAUCUUGGAAAUAGACAUAGCUCUGACCCGGAGUUAAAUGAUUCAAAAUCUUUGCUGCCCGCAGUCGAUGAAGAACAAAAAGUAUGAAAGGUUUCAUCGAUAUUUGCCAUUGGCACUAGAUCUUUAUUCGAUCAAUAAAAUCUCAAGGUCUUGUGUUGUAUUCUGGAUUUUUAUUUUACAAUCAAAAUGAAAUGUAAGAAUUGGUUUCAACAUUGAUUUGUCUUUUUCUAAAACCAACAAAAUAAGAGUGGCCGGCCCAAUUCGUCUAAGUGUACAUGCACAUAAGUGAUUAACUUAAAAGAAUGUCGGCGUUGAAAAAUUGAAAAAGCCAAUCAAAGUCUGGCGAUAUUCACUGAUUGCGUUUAGUUUUGGGACUUUUACCUUUGCGUUUAAAGGACCAAUCAGGACGAUUGCUCACUAUGUCAGCCGUCAGGACAAUCAACAAUGUUACAAUGCCAUAGAUAUAUCAUUGCUGCUCAUGUUUUUAACUCAUUUUCUUAGCUUUUAUCAGUUCAUCUAUUUAUUUUUUGAGAAUUUUCUGUUUAUUGUAUUCCUGAAUUUUAAUACAUUUAUAUUCUGAAAUCUACACCAAAACGAAAUGUAAUUUACAACUACAACUCU